UUGAAAUGCUUUAUAUUCUUAUAUGGUUUAAAAAAAGUUUUAUUAAAUGUAACAAUGUUUUAUAAAAACUUUUUUCAAAGCAAACAGGUUUUUAUCUCGCAUAACCUUCAACAUAUUUUCAAGGUUUCUUCAAUACUUGAUUAGGAAUUCUACUUAGAAGUUUUAAUUCAGUUUUUAAGUUACACUUCGAGAUUUCCUGAAGAAUAUAUGGCGCAGCUUUAAUAUCUUGACGAAGUCUGCAAUAAAUCUUUUGCGUCUUAAUAAGGAAUUUGACCAAUCUUUUUGGUUUUGAACUGUCACCUCAACUUAUUCAGUUGUAGAACGAGAAACACAGUGCAAGGAGAUAAAUUACUUUGAUCCAGCUUUUAAGUGCAGCUACAAGUGAUCUCUUAAUACAAAGUUUUCAAAAGUGUGCAAAGAAUAAUAAAAAGAAUAAAUUGGUGGUUUUGGUUGUGUUUUUUUUUGCGAAAAGAUUAUUUAAUUACCGCUUUUUUAAAGAAUGUAUUAUUGGGAACUAUUUGUGUAUUUCAGAAAUGGCGCCUGUGCAGUUGUUGCUUAAUAUUAUUUUUAUGUUAUGUUAUGUUAUUUUUCGCAAUUUAUAACAACUGAACAAGGCGUUUCACACAUUUUGUUUUGUGUGGCGUUUCUCGCAGACUUUUUAUUGAAAACUUUUAAGGCUUGAUCAGAACUGUAUAAAGUGCUUAUGGUUUACAAAUAGAAAUUGAUAUAACUUUGAAUUCUACAAAUUUUCUUGUAUAAAGCCAUCAAGCUUUAAUUCUGUGUAUUGCUACGCGCUGUCAUUUGCGAUUGGUUGGUGCUGUUUGAUUGAGUUGAGCAAACGGGAGUGAUAAUUGCGCUGUUGAGUCGGAUAAAGGGCAUCCGGAAACCGAUCAGUAUGGAUAGUUUCACGCAGAUGGGGCGGAUCAAGUUUACGCCGGUAGAUCCAGUGGAUGAAGGUCAGGAGGUUUUCUUCAAGGACGUCGCUUGUCUUCAGGAGACGAAGCAGGAGAUGAUGGAAUUUGUCGAAUUGAAGGCACCGGACCGGCUGGGGCAAAGGUUCCUAAACUUGCUCUACCUCUGGGUUCACCUGAGUGUGUUGGCGAAGGCGGUGGCCAUCCAGGCGCAGGUUCCAUUCCUCAGCAUGAACUGAUCGGAAAGUAUCGAAAUGAUUGGCAGCCUAGGAGCGGCUCGUGUCUGAGAUCUUUUCAAAGACACCCGCAUGCAGAUUCCGUGCAUAACCUACAGUGACUGGACGGCAACGCGACGGUGGAUGUAGCUUCGGCGGAUGUGUUAUUCGAACAAAUAAAUAUUUUUGAAAUGCAAGCGUAUGUUUUUUUAUUCGGUUAUUUCCAAAUUCAAGUUUUUCACCACCGAUGGCGAUCUUUUUGCAGCUGAGAAAACACGCAUGCGCUGCGUCCUCGCCUUGUGCGAUUUGAUCUUGAUGAAAGCCAUGAUAAAACAUUUUGAAUCUGAAUAUAGCCGUUAUAAAACUUUUAUAAAUCUCGUAAGUCUUGGCAAGUUUUGAGCCACUCUUGUACAAGAAGGAAUGAAUUUGAAAUAGAUUUGAACAAGAUCAUUUAUAUUUCAUGAACUUCGCCAUGUUGCUGAAAGGUGCGAGCAGCCGAAAUGCACAGCCAUAUUGAAUUUGGGAGCAACAAUAUGCUAAAACAUUGAUUUUUUGAAAAUAAUCUUGACUUUUUUUUAUUGAAUCGAAAGUGCGCAUAUUAGUUUUUCGAGCUAUCUUUGAAAGUUGGUCGAUGAAAUUAUGUCGGCAUAACUAUCACGGUUCAUUAUAUAUUGAAACUCAACACAUUUAUAUUAGUAACAAUAAUAAUUUGACAUCAAAUAAUUAUUAUCUGCCAUCAGCCUUCUGUGUUUGCAUGUAGGAAGAAUUGCUUUUAAUCAAGAGAAUUAGCAAACUAUUUUGUCUGCCACGCAGGCUUUUCGGUUUCCUACAAAUACAAAAAUAUAAAUGCUUUAUGUUCUAAUCUAGCAUCCAAGAAUGCGCACAGACUACAAGAAAACCUUUUUCCAAGCCAAUCAGUUUUAUUCAUGCUUUCAAGAGAUCUAUAGAGUUUUUAUAAAACACACAAUAAAACAUUUAUGUCUCACGAUGCUCCUCAAUAAUACUCUGGACAACCUCCUAAAAUGGUCCAUUUUGGUUUUAAUGUUGAUUUAACUCGUUUUUAACUCAGCAUGUAGGACUAAAUGGCAUUUCGUUGAAAUUUACUUGAGAACUCUUCAGAAUCUCUUUGAAACUAUAUCAAAACUAAAAUUGUUA